GUAAUUUGAACAGGGAUCAGGUACCAGGUCCAAGCUCAAUUGAUAAGGGUAUUGUGCUCUAAUAAAAUGGGCAAAUGCCCUGGUAUACCUCCGUAGAAAGGACACCUCUUCUUGUCUCUUGUGAACAUAGCACGUUCAUACUCUCUGAUUAUCUGACUACUAGCAAUGGCCUCACCACAAACCAUCUACCUCGCUGUCAGCCAAGCGCACACCCUCUCCAGCACCUCGGAGACUGUCCAGGCCUUGUCCCAGCAAUGUCGGCAAGCAGCCAAGCAAACCCCAUCCCCCGAUCUGAUUCUCUUUCCGGAAGCUUACAUUGGGGGCUAUCCUCGUGGGGCGACCUUUGGUGCCAAGGUGGGAUCUCGCGACGAUGAAGGCAGAGAACAAUACCUGAACUACUUCAAGGAUGCGGUGGAUCUGGGUGAUACGCCUGAAGGAGCGGGGGAGAAGUGGGUGAAGAGGGAAUUGGAGGGGCAGGACGGGAGUGGAAGUGGAGUCCGAAGGGGCGAUGGAGUCCGCGAGGAGCUGGAACUAGUGGCUCGCGAGACGGGUAUCUUCAUCGUUACUGGAUUGGUUGAGAGGGCUGGAGGGACUCUUUAUUGCGCAGUAGUUUAUGUCUGUCCCAAGUUGGGAGUGAUUGGCAAGCGGAGAAAGGUCAUGCCGACAGGAAGUGAGCGUCUGGUUUGGGGCCAGGGACAGCCCUCUUCGCUCCGUGCUGUGACGACCACCAUCAAAGGCGUGAAACUCACACUAGCAGCUGCAAUUUGCUGGGAGAACUACAUGCCACUGUUGAGACAUUCCCUCUACAGCCAGAAUGUCAACCUCUACCUCGCACCUACAGCCGAUCAGCGCGACGCUUGGGCCCCUCUCAUGAGAACUAUUGCCUGCGAGGGUAGAUGUUUCGUCUUGAGUGCCAAUCAAUGCCACAGGAAGAAGGACCAGCCUGCCUGGGUGUACGGGGAGAAGUCCGAUAGUGAGGAGUUCGCCACCAGAGGGGGUUCCUGCAUUGUAGCUCCGAAUGGAGAUAUGCUGAAAGGACCGCUGUGGGAGGAAGUAGACGGCAUGAUGAUGGUGGGGGUGGAUUUCGAUGAUUGUCUGAGAUACAGACUGGAUUCGGAUGCUGCUGGAAGUUAUUCGAGAAACGACUCGUUCAAGUUGAUUGUAAAUGGACUUGAUAUCAGUCCUCCUCUUUGA